ACCGGGAUGACUAUAGUUCUUAAUCUCGCGAUAUGUGUCUUCCUUUUACUUGGUACUGUCGUACCCAGCAAAGGUGAGAUGCAAGAUCCAGAUAUAGACCUUCUGGUUCAACUGCAUACUGGUACGGAUGAACAGUCACAAUCGCAAUUGCAGAAUAUUGGAACUGGCGGUCCACAUAUAGAAAGCUCUGCACAGUCGCAAUCGCAGUUGCAGAACAUUGAAACUGGCGGUCUACAUCUGGAAAGCUCUGCACAGUCACAAUUGCAAUCGCAGAAUAUUGGAACUGGCGGUCCACGUGUAGAAAGCUUUGCACAGUCGCAAUCGCAGUUGCAGAACAUUGAAACUGACGGUCCACAUCUAGAAAGCUCUGCACAGUCGCAAUCGCAGUUGCAGAACAUUGGAACUGGCGGUCCACAUAUAGAAAGCGCUGCACAGUCGCAAUCGAAAUUUCAGAAUAUUGGAAAUGGCAGUCCACUUCCAGAAAGCUCUGCACAGUCACAGUCCCAGUUGCAGAACAUUGGAACUGACGGUCCACAUCUAGAAAGCUCUGCACAGUCGCAAUCACAGUUGCAGGACAUUGAAAGUGGCGGUGCCAAUCUGGAAAGCUCUGCAAGGAAGAUGCAAUCGCAGUCGCAAUCUCAGUUACAAUCGCAGUCACAUAUUGGGGCUCUAACUAAUCUCCAAGAGCCAAAUAUUCGACCUCUGGUCCUGCAACCAAAGUUUCAACAGGACAUAACACAAGAGAUAGUACAUGCAAUUCCACAGGAGUCAAAUCCUCAAUUCAACAUCAUUGAUUCUAAGCCAAACAAAAAUCCUUCCAUCGACAUAACCAACCAAUUAAUUAAUUCGAUUCAGUCGCAGUUACAGUCACAGAUCAAUUUACUAAAACAGUCCCUUCUACAGCAAUCCGUUGUUGAUCAAACUUCAAAGGACUUAAGCUCAACUAAGUAUGUGAUUGUUCCCUCCAUGUACGAGAUAAGAAGGCUGAAUUCCGAUCCCCAAUAUUUGAUAAUUCCUCGUUGGCUAAGAAGAAGACGCCGAAGAGCGUUAGUGAUUUUUCCUAGAGCAGGCGGAUUAGAGCAAACCAAUGUAAAAACUUCACCUCAGUUAAAUUUAAAUCAAUCAAAUUCUGAACAGUUGCUUCUUGAUGGUUCACUAAUACCACAAUCCAAGUAUUAUAUUUUAACUCCUUUUGAACCGAAAAAAUAUAACUCUAGUGUUGAUAUAAUUGAUCGAAACGAUUUAAAGUCUGCAUACUUGACUUACUUUCAAAAACAGACGGCAAAUAGAAUUGCUGAGUUGGAAAGAAAGUUACAGGUACUAAAGACCAAAAACCUUUUAAGCCUUAUACGUUCGGCGCCAGAUACCCAGCCUCAGCCGACUAACCUAAAUUCCCAGCUACAGUCCCCACUACAGUCUCUCUUACGGUCCCAGUUAAAGUCUAUAAGAUCUUUGCCCCAGAGACAGUCACAGUUACAGUACCAAUCGCAUUUAUCAGGAUCACUUUCCCAAACACAGUCCCAGUUAAAUUCACUUUCCCAAAUACAGUCACAGCUAGACUCACUUUCAUUACGAUCACUGCCCCAGAGACAGUCACAGUUACAGUCCCUAUCGCUGUCACCAGGAUCACUUUCCCAAGCACAGUCCCAGUUGAAUUCACAGUCUUCUGGACUACUGUCCCAAAUACAGUCACAGUUAAACUCACAUCCAUCAGGAUCCCUGUCCCAGAGACAGUCACAGUUACAGUCCCUAUCGCUGUCACCAGGAUCACUUUCCCAAGCACAGUCCCAGUUGAAUUCACAUUCUUCUGGACUACUGUCCCAAAUUCAGUCACAGUUACACUCACAUUCAUCAGGAUCAGUGUCCCAAAGACUGUCGCAGAAACAGUCCCUAUCGCUGUCACGAGGAUCACUUUCCCAAAGACAGUCCCAAGUGAACUCACAGUCUUCUGGACCACUGUCCCAAGCACAGUCACAGUUAAACUCACAUUCAUCAGGAUCACUGUCCCAGAGACAGUCCCAGUUGAAUUCACAUUCUUCUGGACUACUGUCCCAAAUACAGUCACAGUUAAGCUCACAUCUAUCAGGAUCCCUGUCCCAGAGACAGUCACAGUUACAGUCCCUAUCGCUGUCACCAGGAUCACUUUUCCAAGCACAGAGUCAGUUGAAUUCACUUUCUUCUGGACUACUGUCCCAAAUUCAGUCACAGUUAAACUCACAUUCAUCAGGAUCAGUGUCCCAAAGACUGUCGCAGAAACAGUCCCUAUCGCUGUCACGAGGAUCACUUUCCCAAAGACAGUCCCAAGUGAACUCACAGUCUUCUGGACCACUGUCCCAAGAACAGUCACAUUCAUCAGAAUCACUGUCUCAGACACAGUCGCAGAAACAGUCCCUAUCGCUGUCACCAGGAUCACUUUCCCAAACGCAGCCUCAGUUGAAUUUACAUUCUUCUGGACUACUGUCCAAAAUGCAGUCACACUUAAACUCACAGUUAUCAGACUCACUGUCCCAAAUACAGUCACAGUUACAGACCCAAUCGCAAUCACAUUUGAGAGCACAGAACCCUGCAGUUUCAUUCAUUCCAUAUGGCUCCCUGCUACCGCGACGUUCCCCUUUACCAGUCUCUCCGCCUGAACCAAAAGCAAUUUUGCAAACAGAUCUAUUAAAAAAUGCUAAAAUCAGCGUGGGUACUUCUGAGUACAAAAUCUACAGCCCACCGAAAUACCACUCCCAGAUGGACAUCUUGGAUGACUCCAAACUGACAACGGUGCACCUGAUUGAAAAGUACGGCUAUCCAUCGGAGACCCACUUUGUGAACUCUGACGAUGGCUACAAGCUCUGUGUGCAUCGUAUUCCCCGUCCUGGAGCUAAACCUGUCCUACUGGUUCACGGUCUGAUGUCCAGUUCCGCCUCGUGGGUGGAAUUGGGACCCAAGAACGGACUGGCGUACAUCCUGUACCGAAAGGGUUACGACGUCUGGAUGCUGAAUACCAGAGGCAACAAAUACUCUAGGGACCAAACUGGUUCCCGCAAGAAACCACGGAAGUACUGGAACUUCUCCUUCCAUGAAAUCGGCAAAUAUGAUGUACCAGCUACAAUUGAUCUUAUACUCAAGCGCACCAACGAGCCGAAGCUCCAAUACAUUGGGCACUCACAGGGCUCCACCGUAUUCUUUGUGAUGUGCAGUGAAAAGCCGAAGUAUGCCAAUAAGGUGCAGCUCAUGCAGGCCCUUUCCCCAACGGUUUACCUGCAAGAGAACCGUAGUCCUGUGCUUAAGUUCAUCAGCAUGUUCAAAGGAAAGUAUUCGAUGCUGUUGAACCUUUUAGGGGGCUAUGAGAUCUCGGCGAAAACGAAGCUCAUAGAGCAGUUCCGCCAGCACAUUUGCUCCACCUCGGAACUGGCCAGUCAAAUCUGCGCCAUCUUCGACUUUGUGCUCUGCGGAUUCGACUGGAAGAGCUUUAAUAAGACGCUAACCCCCAUUGUGGCCGCCCACGCCUCCCAAGGAGCCUCUGCCAAGCAGAUCUACCACUACGCACAGCUGCAGGGUGACCAGAACUUCCAGCAUUUCGAUCACGGACCGGUCCUGAAUCGGGUUCGUUACGAGUCCAGCGCUCCACCAGCCUACAAUCUCUCGCAGACGACCACCAAGGUGGUAAUCCACCAUGGUGGAGGAGACUGGCUGGGAUCCGACUCGGAUGUGAACCGGCUGCAGCAGAGCCUGCCCAAUCUCGUCGAGAGCCGGAAGGUGAACUACGAUGGCUUCUCCCACUAUGACUUUACACUCUCGAAGGAUGUCCGUCCGCUGGUCUACAGCCACGUUCUUCGCCACUUGUCAGUUCAGCUGCCAGGAUAGGCAAGUUGCGGGAAUUACUCUUCUAAAGAGGGACUAAAAUCAGGAAACGGUUAAAAAAUUUAGAGUAUAGCGAAAUUGUUAAAGUUUUCAGGGACCUUUCAUAAAUGUAAUUAAAUUAUCACAUCACUGUAUUUAAGCAUUGUUCAAGAAGUCUAGAUGAUUAUGAAAUGGCUGAAAUAAGUAGGGAG